AAUAGAACACGAAAGUUACGAAGUCGAUCCAGAUAAAAUUAAUGAAACAGAGAGUAUAAUAUUUCAAGAAUGACGUCACAAUGGGAGGCUCAAGAUAAAGUUUUUUUGAUAACCGGGGGAGCAUCUGGUCUAGGAGCAGAAUACGUCAAGAUAUUUCUGCAGCUUGGAGCUAAGAGCGUGGCCGUCCUGGAUAUUGCUGAAGCAGCCAGCAAAACCUUUGUUGCAUCACUCAACGAAAAAUUUCCAGGGAAAGCUGUUUUCAUCAAAUGUGACGUUAGUAAAGAAGAUGAAAUAAAGACCGCUUUCCAACAAGUGCUGUACGAGAACAAACAAAUAGAUGUCAUAAUUAACAACGCAGGAGUAAUUAAUGAGUCCCUCGAUCAAUGGAGAACUGCGAGCGAAGUCAAUUGGCAAGGUGUAGUAUCAUUCACACUCAAAGGUAUGGAACAUAUGCGCAAAGAUAAAGGAGGGACUGGUGGUACUAUUAUUAACAUUUCAUCUAUUGCUGCACUCUGCAAGUACCCUAUUUAUCCAACGUACUGUGGUUCCAAAAUCGCCGUAUUACAUUUCGGUCAAACUCUAUCCAUGCCUCCAUUUUUCGAUAGCACUGGUGUGCGCAUUUUGACCAUCUGCUUUGGAGCGACUGUCACUCCAUUGUUGGAAAAUCUUCGUGAACGAAUGUUCGAUAGGACAUUAUAUGAACCCUUUACAACUGAAGUUGAUGUAAGCUCCUACCAAAGAAUUGACUCUGCUGUCAAGGCCUUUGUAAAAAUGUUUCAAGAAGGAGAGCCAGGCUCUAUUUGGCUAUCAAUACACAAUAAACCAGGAAUUGAUAUUACAUCUGACAUUAAUCAGGCCUUUGAUGAAUUUAAGAUGAAGUGGAUACUCUAGUAUGCUUUAGCUCAAACAAAAAUAUGUGAAAUAAGAAAAUUCGGAACAUAAUAUAGAAUUAGUUGUCGUACAUUUUUUUUGAAUAAAGAAUAGGCCACCCAGUAAACAUUG